GCUGAUUUAAGACACCCUUCUCAACAGUAACAGCCGCGGUUUGCAAUGGGGAAAAUACGGAAAAUAAAGACACACACCCCUGCCGGAGUAGGACUGGAUGCAUCCCUCCUGAAUGGCCAGGACAUUGACAGCGAGGAGGAGGGCUGCGGACCCAUUGAAGCGAUCAGUGUGCAUCUACAACGACCGGAUGUGGAGGAAAAGCUGAAUGGACUGCACUCGUUCGCGGUGCUCGCCCUGCGAAAGGAAAAGGUUCAGGAAAUCUGCCAAAGUAACUUGGUCCGCAUUGCUGCACCCAUGCUGUGCGACAAGGAUAUGGCAAUUCGCGAUGCCGCCGCCGGUGCCCUGAGAAAUCUAUCCGUGUUCGGAUCAGAGGUCUGCGAUUUCCUCGUCGACAAUGAUAUAUUGACUGCCCUGCUGUCGCUGGUGGCUGGCUACGACCUGACGAAACCUGUGUGCUUCGAGUCCGAGCUCCAUGCCGACAUCUUUCUGCAGGCAACACACUUGCUGCGGAAUCUAUGCGAGAGCUCUCCCACAGCCACAGAAGCCUUCAAUCAGUCGAAUUUCUUAAGGAAUCUGCUGCUCUGCCUGGACUACCAGAAGUUUGGCCUGGAGAUAUCCAUUUCCGUGGCUCAGCUGGUACUGGUGGUCUCCGAAAACAACUCUAGCUCGUGGAACCUCCUGGCAAAUGCCACAAUUCUGACAGAACUACUGAAAGUAACGGAAGGAAGCCACAGUUUGUUGUACCUAAGCGCUCUGGCAGCCGGGAUUCUGUGCAAUGUGCCCGCCUGUUCAUCGGCCUACACGCGGGAGAUUCUCGGCAGCCUGGACAAACUGCUGACGAUCGACACGCAGGCGCAGCUGAUGGGCUGCAAAAACGAAAUCAAAGACCUGAAGAGUAAAAACGAAGCACCCGUGCUGGAGAUCUCCAUGGAAACGGAAGAAAUGUCCGAAGCGCAGACCCAAAAUCAGCCAAAACCCCAAAGUGAAGCGGAUUCUGCUGUCAAGAAUCUGGAGUAUCUGUUGGAUGCCCAACGUCUGGUGGCAGAAAUCAUCACCAAUCUCGGAUCGAGUGACGAUCAAUCUGGUUGGGGCUCGGACUCGGAUCAGUCGGAGACCGAAAGUGUCGUCGAUUUCGAUAUGAACGAACAGUCGGCGGACAAUGAUGCGGGUGCUCUGCCUGUGAAUUUCGUGGAAACCAUCCUACAAAACAAUGUGGUGCAGAAACUGUGGCAAAAAUCGCAGCCCCUCGACACCGCACUGGAGAAGCUCCUCUCGCAGCAGGAGAGCAUUCGCGAGAAGGUCUCGAAAAUGCGUGUCUCCUACCUGAUUUGCCUGCAGAAUCUGUGCAACGUGCUGUCGGUGCACGAUCUGGGUGGCCACAAUGACAUCUACAACAUGUGGUUCCACCUGGGACAGCAGGCCUUCAAGGGUACGGAAGAUGCAACGAUAAUGGAGGCCAUAACAUCGCUAAUGCGUUCCGCCUUGACGCUCCUGAAGACGCGCAAGGAUCUCUUCAGUCAAAUAACCGAAAAUGAUCUAAACAUGAUCAUCGAGAGUGCCCAAAAGUCAACAAUUAUGGAUAUACGCGUCAAUUGGAACCGCAUGCUCGGCACACUGGGCUGCCUCUUGUCGGAGGCCCUAGUGAAAGGCAUUGUCCAGUUCCUCCUGAAUUCCUGCGCACAGGAGGAAGAUCUGUGGGCCAUGUCCGAGGGACUGGAUGCCUUGAUGGACAUCUUUGCUGACGACGAUUGGCCGCAAAUCAUAGCCGAUUUGAAUAUGUGCGAGCGCGUCCAAACCCUCGAGGAACAGUUCAAAUCAAAGUUCAGACAACAGCGGCGUGACCUUAAGGAGCGACGUCCCACCAUAUACACUGUAAAAUCAAAUUUUUCACGCUUUGUAUUUUAUUUAAACAAAAACUGUAAGCAAUAAAAUGAAUUUUGACCAAACGAAUCAGGCAUGCAAA